GGCGCUGAGCCGGCUGCUCUAGCCGCCUUAGCUUUCACUCUUUGGUUUCCGGCCCUGUGUUGGAGGCUCUGAGCGCUUUGACUCCUGGAGACUAGCUGGGCACGUGGAGAGGCUGGUGGACCGCACGACCUCGCUCUCCCCAACCCCAUGUUCGAGGAGCCGGAGUGGGCCGAGGAGGCCCCAGUAGUCGCGGACCUCGGGUCUGUAGCCUUACGGCCUCGGACCACGGCCGACUCGCAAAUCAAGGGCUCCAAGCACCGCCAGCUCUUGGCCACAUUACGGGCCCUGGAGGCAGCAUCUCUUCCCCAGCAGCCCCCCAGUCUGCCUGGCAGUGACGAGGAGGACGAGGAGGAGGUGGUGCAAAGAAAGAAGAAACGCCCAAAAAAGGUCUUGUUUGCCAGCACUUCUCCUGAAGUAAAGAAGAAAAGGAAGAAGAAACGUCAAAAACAGGGCCCACCUAGCAGUGGCUCCAAGGAAGGGGAAGUGGAAAGGAAGAAGUGCCACAAAGGGGCUCUUCUUGGCAAUGACUUUAAUGCAGAAGAGAAAAGAAAGAGGAAAUGCCAGAAACAGGACCCUUCAAAUCCUGCCCAGCCCCUGGACAAUGUUGACCAAACUGGUUCCAAAGCUUGGAAUUCUAGUGCUGCAAAUGACUCCACCAAGCCAAGCCCUGAGACCCCUUGCUCUAAUCCUCCGCACACCUUGAGUCGCAAGCAGUGGCGGAACCGGCAGAAGAACAAGCGUAGACAGAAGAACAAGUUUCGGCUUCCUCGGGCGCCAGAGCAGGCCCCAGCCACAGCCGCCACAGAGGAGACAGAGGUGCCUCCUGCCCCCAGUCCAGACAGCCAUGGAGCCCGGGCGGAGGCUCUGCGAGCCCGCAUGGCCCAGCGGCUGGAUGGUGCCCGGUUCCGCUACCUCAAUGAACAGCUGUACUCAGGGCCCAGCAGUGCUGCGCAGCGCCUCUUCCAGGAAGACCCUGAGGCCUUUCUCCUCUACCACCGUGGCUUCCAGAGCCAAGUCAAGAAGUGGCCACUGCAGCCAGUGGACCGCAUUGCCAGGGAUCUUCACCAGCGGCCUGCGUCCCUGGUGGUGGCUGACUUUGGCUGUGGGGACUGCCGCCUGGCUUCAAGUAUCCGGAACCCUGUGCACUGCUUCGACUUGGCCUCUCUGGACCCCCGGGUCACUGUGUGUGACAUGGCCCAGGUGCCUCUGGAGGAUGAAUCUGUAGACGUGGCUGUGUUCUGCCUUUCACUGAUGGGAACCAACAUCAGAGACUUCCUAGAGGAGGCAAAUCGAGUGCUGAAGCCAGGGGGUCUCUUGAAAGUGGCUGAGGUCAGCAGCCGCUUUGAAGAUGUUCGGACCUUUCUGGGGGCUGUCACCAAACUGGGCUUCAAGGUCAUCUCCAAGGACCUGACCAACAGCCACUUCUUCUUGUUUGACUUUCAAAAGACUGGGCCUCCUCGGGUCGGGCCCAAGGCUCAGCUCUCAGGCCUGAAGCUCCAGCCUUGUCUCUACAAGCGCAGUCCCCCAUGUUAUUUCCACUUUGGCCUUUGAGCAUAUGACCUUGAAAGCUACACGUUGAAGAUGACGGAGCCAAAAGGUGGAAGGAGCCUGAACAUCACUUAGAGGAGAGCCACCCACCAAUUAAGAACAUCUGUUUUGGAUUUCACGUGAGUGAAAAAGAAAUCUCUAUCUUUUUGAGCCAUUAUACCCUUGGUUUGUUGUUACAGUGACUAGUAAUCUUUUUUUUAAAUCCCUUUUAAUUGAACACAUCAGAAAAGUAAACAAAACACACACCCAUACAGAAAAGUAAACAAAAAUGUUAAGCCUAAUGGUUUAUCACAAGGCCGGUACCUGUGUACGCGCCACCUAGACUAAGAAGCAGAAGGCUGUCAACACCCAGAAGCCUCUUUUAUGUCACCUCCCAACUUUCUUCUCUUGACUUUGCAAAGUUACCACCAUCCUAACUUUCAUGACAUUGAUUUCCUUGCUUCUCUUGAUAGUCUUACCAGUUGAGCAUCCAUACCUAAAUUGUAUAUAUUUCCAUGUGUCUGGCUUCUUCCCAUCCCAUGGAUGGGAUUCAUCCAUGUGUUGAGUGCAGCUGAAUUUCAUUCAUUUUUAUUUCUGUAGAAAUAUAUCCCAUUCUGUGAAGAAACCACAGUUUAUUGAUUGAUUCAACUGUUGAUGUAUAUUUGAGUUAUAUAUCAAUCAGAAUGGGCUGGAUCAUGCUACAGGAAACAAAAACCCAAAAUAUUAAUGGCUUAACCCCACAAAAGAUAAUUUUUUACUAUUGCUGUAGGUUGGCAGGGACUCUGUUCGUAGUCACUAAGGUACUCAAGCUAAUGAAACUCCAUUGCAGUACAUGCUUCCGUAAUCACUAGGCGAGAAAAGGGAACGAGACAGAUCACACCCUGGCACCAAAAGCUUCACUCUGGAAGCGACACAUGUCCUCUUUGCCCCGUUUAAUUAGCCAAAACAAGUCUCAUUGCCAUAUAUACCUCCCGUACGAGCCUACCGUGUACCCGGAAGGAAGAGAAACAGAAUGUGAACUGCCUAAUGAUUAGUUUGUGGUUCCUACAAACAAUGCUGCUGUGAACAAUCUUGCAAGUGCCUCUUGUGCAUGUGCACAUGCUUCCUUUGGGAAUAUAACUAGGAGAAAACUGGUCAUAAAGUAUGUAUAUCCUCAACUUUAAUAGUUAAUGCCAGACUGUUUACAAAUUUUUCAAUUUCUACUCCCUGGGAACACUCAUUCCCAGGGAAAUGAGUGUUCACUUAAUCCACGUGAGAAUUCACUUUAUUCCAUAUCUUUGCUAUCUUGUGGCAUUGUCCCCCAGUUCCAGUAUAUGUGUUAUGUUAUGUCCUUUGGUUUAACUUUUCAUUUCCCUAAUUACUAAUGGGAUUGACCUUUUCAUAUACUGACUGCUUGAAAAUUCUUUUCAUACACUGACUACUUGAAAAUCCUCUUCGAUCAAGUGCCUGUUGAAGUCUCUUGCCCAUUUUUUCUAAUGGAUUGUCUUUUCUUUGUUGAUUUUGUAUUUUACACACACACACACACACACACACACACACACACCAUAAUCCCUUCUGGUUAUAUGUACUGCGUGUAUCUUCUCCCAUUCUGUGGUUUGCUUUUUCACUCUCUUAAUGGGUGUUUAUUGAUGAACAGAAGUUUAAUGUAGCCUGGUUUAUCGAUUGUUCAUGGUUAAUGCUGUGUGUGCCUAUUUAAAGAAUCAUUCUUACCCCAAAAUGAUGAAGAUAUCUUACUAACUUAUCUUCUGGAUGUGUUAGUAUUUUGCUUUUCAUAGUUCUACAACCCAUGUGCAACUGAUUUUUCUGUGUGGUUAGAAUAGGAGCCAAGUUGAAUUUUAUUUCCAUCUAGAUAUCCAAUUAAUACAAAACUGUUCAUUGAAAAAAAAAUUUUCCUGUUACUCUCUACCUUUCCAUAUUUUUCUGUUAAGUGCGAGUUUGUUUCUGGGCACCCUAAUCCAUUCCUUGGUCUGUACGUCUGUCUUCACAGCAGUACCUCACUGUUUUAACUACAGUAGCUUUCUAAUAAGUCUUAGUAUGUGGUACAGCAAGUCCCACACGUUUUUCAUCUCCAGAAGGACUAUUGUUGGACCUUUGCAUUUCCAUGAUUGUCAAGUUCCCUGAACACCCUGAUGGGAUUUUCUUAUGCAGGCUCAGUUUGGUGUGAACUGAUCCAUUUGUAAUACUGAGGCUUCCAAAUCUGUGGUCUGUGUGCGCCAUUUCAUUAAUUGCUGUCAAUAAUGUUUUAUAGAUUUAUGUGCAAAGUUCUUCUUGCACAUCUUUUGUUAUAUUUAUUCCUAGGCAUUUACUGUUGCUUUUUUAAACGUCUUGCAAAUGGGAUCUUUAGAAAUUUCAUUUUCUCCUUGCUUUUAUAUAGAAAUAUAACCAAUUUUUGUGUGUUGACCAUGGAGCAGCACCCUUGCUAAAUAACCUCACUUACUAACUAAUAAUUUAUCUGUAUUCUUUUAUGUUCUACAUAUAUUAUACUCAUAUCGUCUCUGAACAUCAUAUCAGUUUAUUUCACCCUUUCUAAUUCUAUGGCAUUUAUUCUUAUCCAUGCUAUACUCCACUGGCCAGGAGAUCCAUCACUAUGUUCAAGAAGAGUGAUGUUGGUGGAAGUCUGAAUCACUAUCAGACUUGAAGGAAAAGCUUUCAGUAUUUUGUCAUUGAGUGUGGUAUUUGAAGUGAGAUUCUGAUUAAUGGUUGUCAGAUCAGUAAUGUGCUCUACUUGCUAUUACUUGUAUCAUGAAUUGGAUUUUGAAUUUUGUCAAAUGCUGCUUCUGAAUUGAGAUGAUCAUAUAUUUUUUAAAAUUCUGUCAGUGUAGCAAGUAAAAGAUUUAUUUCCAUAUGUGAAAUCAACCUUGAGUUUUUGGAAUAAAAUUAGCUUAGUUGAUUAUAUCUUUUUUAUAUAUUGAUGAAAUCAGUUUAAUAAUACUUUGUAUAGGACUUUUUAAUCUGUGCUCAUGAGUGAACAUAAGUGAUAUCUUCCUAUAAAUCUUCCUUUUCCCACUCAACACAGUGCUUUUAAGUUCUCUUCGUGUUGCUAUAUGUACCUAUAACUCACUUUAACCUCUUCUUCACAUGCUCUAAUGGCUUCCCAUCUCAUUCAUAAUAUAGCCCAGAGUUCUUACUAUAACCGAAAAGCCCCUUGUAUUAUCUGGAUUCCAAUUAUCUCUCUAACACUCGCCCCCUUCAUACACACCUUUUCAGCCAUACUGUCCACUUUGCUAAUUAUUGAAUAUUCUAGGCAUGCCCCUGCCUCAGGGCCAUUGUACUAUUUCAUCUACCUGGAAUAUAUUUUCACAGUUAUCUUUAUGGCCUACUUCCACACUAUAUUUGGAUCUCUGUUCAAAUGUCAAUCUAUCAGGUAAUCCCUCUCUCUAGCCAAUACUUUUUUUUUAACUUUUUUUUUUUAAGCCAAUACUUUCUACUGCCUUACCAUGCUUAGUGUUUCUUCAAGGGACUAAUGACCACCUUUUAAAUUACAUAUUUAUUUGUUUAUAUAGUUAUUAUGUAUUUCCCCACACUAGAAUGUAAAUUCCAAGAGAGUAGGGACUUAUCUGUUUUAUUUAAUACUGUAUCCCUGGGAUCUAGUACAUACUUGCAUCUGACAUCUGUUUAGUGUUCCAACAUGUAUUUGUUUAGAACAUUUAACAUAGCCAUUCCUCUAAAGACAUUUAGAUUAUCCAAAUCCCUGUGACUACAAAAAAAUGGGGGAAGGAUUUUCUUAUAAAUGUUCUCUUAAAUGUAUACAGUGUAUAUAUGAGUCUUGGUUCCAGAUUUCGAGUUACUUUGUCAGGCCAGUUAUGCCACAAUUAACAACUAUAAAAUCUGAGCAAAAUACAAACAAAAAACAAUAUUUGAAGGCCCUGGAAAGUGAACAAAAGCAGGCAGAAAGCAGAGGAGAAUUUACCCAUGAAAGACUUUAGCUGCAGUGGGUAAGAAUUGUGAUUUUUGUGGUCUUUCUGUCUGAAGGUUUUCCUUCCCCACCCUAUUUUCCAGCCCCACCCUAUCCCCCAGUUCCAAACGCAGAAAACCACAGCCUUACUCACUCAAAACAGCAGAAGACAGAGUUCAAGGCUGGUAAAAAUGCUGGAAAUUUAAGAGCAGAAAUCCUAGAAGAAAGAGUGGUAUAAGGGGUGAAACCAAAAUUUGGACAAACUCAACCCAAAUCUUUGGAUGACUACUAAAUUACACAUGCAAAGGGGAGACUCAGUGGGACCUAGCAAAAAUAGCUGGCAGAAUCCAGUGUGGAGUCUAUCUUCGAAUGACAGAAAUGCACUGGAGUGAGAUAUGCAAAUUUGCUGCUUUUUUUGCCUGAAUACAUUUCCUCAAUUCAUGUCCAGCUUGGGUGGCAGCUGAAGUGUCAGAAGACAGGGUUUGGCAGUGGAGAGCAGCUGGAAAUUUAAACGGAAAAUCCCAGAAGCAAAAGCACUAUAGAGGAGAUGAACCCCCAAAAUCUGUCCAAGUCUUUGGCCAGUGACUAACCUAUGUAAAUGCAGGUGAGAUGCUCUGAGGCUAGGCUAAAAAAGCAGCUGCUAGAAGCCAAAAGAACUAAGUAGAUAUGUCAACUGUUGUAUGCACAACAUAGGAAAUAUAAAAUUUGCAUUUUGAGGCCCCCCCAUCCCAAAAUUCCUUCAUAACAACACCAACAACAAAUCUUCAGAACAUAACAGAAUGAAAAUUUCCAUUUGGUUCUUUCUUGUAGUUUCUGUUUCUACACCAUAUAAUUCACAAUAUCCAGUUUUCAACCAAAAUUACGAGACAUGCAAAUAAAUAGGAAAUUAUAGCCCUAUUAUAAUUAUAAAAAUAUGAAAUUAUAAACAGUAAUUUAUACUCAAGGGAAAAGACACUCAAUAGAAACUGACUCUAGUGGGCUUAGAUAUUGGAUUUAGUUGUCACAGAGUUCAAAGUAGCUGUUAUGAAUGUGUCCAAAUAAUAAAAUGAAAAUAUGGAUAAGAAAUUCAAGGAAAAUAUGGCCUCAACGAAUAUACAGAUGGAGAACCUUGCCAGAACAUAGAAACUACAAGAAAGAAUGAAAUGGAAAUUCUAGAACAGAAAAAUAUAAAUAACUAAAGGGAAAAAAAAAAGGAUAAUAUGAAGUACUUGAUUUGUACAACAGAGAAAAUAGGCUGAAAAAAUUGAUGGGGCCUGUGGGAUUAUAACAAAAGGUCUGACAUUGUGUCAUUGAAGUCUCAGAAGAAGAUGAGAAGGAGGAUUUAGCUGAGAAAGCACUUGAUGAAAAAUAUCCAGAAACUUCCCGAGUUUGGUAAGAAAUCCAUAUGGAUUCAAGAAGCAAGUGAACCCCAAACAGAAUAAACAUGAAGAACUCCAUUUAAAACAUAUAUAAUUAAACUUAUGAAAACUAAAUAAAAAGAAAAAAUUUGAAACAACAAAAGAAAAAUGACACCUUACCUAAAGGGGAAAAACAAUUUGAAUGACAGCAGAGUUCUUAUCAGGAACCAUGGAAGCUAUAGGGGAGUGGCACAAUUUUUCUGAGAUUUUGAAAAAAGAACUGUUAACACAGAAACUUAUACCCAGUGAAAAUAAAAUAUCCUUUAGGAGUGAAGGGGAAAUUUGGAUAUUCUCAGAUGAAGGGAAACUGGGGGAAUUUGUCACCAGCAGACCUACCCUAAAAGAAUGGCUAAAAGAAGUUCUCCAAAUAGAAAGGGAAUGAUAAAAGAAGUCUUAGAACAUCAGGAAGGAUGAAAGGGCACAAAUAUAUGUGUAAACAAACAUGUAUGCAUGUACAGCUAGCUUUCCUUCUCUUGAGUUCUCUGAAUUGUGUUUGAUGGUUGAAGCAAAGUUUAUAACAUUGAUGUGGUUCUAAAUGUAUUAAGACAAUUACAUUAUAAACAGGGAAGGAUAAAGGGAAGUAAGGUUUCAGUACUUCACUUGAACAAGAUGACAACACCAGUAAACCAUGUUAAGUAAUGUAUAUAUAAUGUAAUACAUAAAACAGUUACUAAAAAGCUAUAUAAAGAUAUAAACUCAAAAACACUAUAGAUAACUCAAAAUGGAGUUCUAAAAAAUAUUCGGUUAACUCACAGAAAGCAGAAAAAAGAAAACAGACAAAAAUCAGAGAGAGUAAACAGAAAAACAAAAAGCAGAUUUACUCCCUAGCAUAUCAAUAAUUAUAUGUUAAUGAACUGAAUACACCAAUUAAACAACAAAGAUGGGCAGAGUGAUUUGAAAAAAAAAGACCAAAAUAUAUGUUGUCUACAGGAAACUCACUUUAAAUAUAACAAUAUAGGCAAAUUGAAAGUAAGAGGAAGAAAAAGAUAUAUCAUGCAAACAUUAUUUAAAAGGAACCAGGAGUGGCUAUAUUGAUAUCAGAUAAAGUAGACCUCAGAGGAAAAGAUUUUGACAGAGAGCGAAAGGGACAUUAUAUAAUAAUAAAUGGGUCAAUGCAGCAAGAAAGCAUAGCAAUCCUAAAUGUGUACACACCAAACAACAGUGUGCAAAGUACAUGAAGUAGAUCUGAUAUAACUGAAAGGAGAAAUAUACAAAUCCAAACUUGCAGUUGGAGACUCUCAACAAUUGGUAAAACAACUAGACAGAAAAACAACAAGUACAUAGAAGAACUCAACAACAGCUUCAACCAGUAGGCUCUAACUGACAUUUAUAGAAUACUCCACCAACAAAUCAUUUUCAAGUACCCAUGUAACAUAUCAUUAAGAUAGGCCACAUCUUGGGCUAUAAAAUAAAUUUCAACAAAUUUUAAGAUUUGAAAUCAUAUAGAGUAUGUUCUCUGACCACAAAAAAAUCAAGCUAGAAAUUAGUAACAGGAAAAUUUCCAAACAUUCAGAAGCUAAACAAUACACUUCUAAAUAAUCUAUAGGUCAAAGAGGAAGUCACAAGGGAAAUAUAAAAAUACAUUGAAUGUAAUGAAAAUAGAACAUAUCAAAAUUUGUGAGCCAUAGCUAAAGCAAUGCUGAGAGGAAAAUGUAUAGCACUAAAUGUAUACAUUGGGAAAGAGCCUUAAAUGAAUGUAAUCAAAGUUCCCACCUCAAUCUAGGGGAAAAAUGGGGGGAAAUAAAUCCAAAGCAAACAGAAGGAAGGAAAUAAUAAAGGUAACAGCAGAAUUUCAUGAAAUUGAAAACAAACAACCAACCUGAAUAGAACAAAUCAAUGAAACAAAGGGCUGUUUCUUUGAAAAGAUCAAUAAAAUUACAAACUUCUAGCAAGACUAACAGAAAAGACACAAAUUAUCAGUAUCAGGAAUGAAACAACAAAUAUCACUACAGACUGUGCAGACAAAUAUAAAGGAAUACUGCAACUCUGGACCUAUAUUUGACAACUUAGUUGAAAUGGAACAAUUUCCCCCCCAAAAAAGACACCACAAUAUUACAAUUCAUGCAAUAUGAAAUAAAUAAAUAACCCUGUAACUAUUAAGGAAAUUAAACUUGUAACUUUAAAACUCCCAAGAAAAAAGUCUCCAGGACUUCUGUGCUGAAAACUACAACACUGAUGAAAGAAAUCAGAUGUAAAUAAAUGGAGAGACAUGCCAUGUUCUUGGAUUGCAAAACUUAGUAAAGACAUCAGUUGUGUACCCACAUGGGUACGGAGGUUUAAACACAAUUCCUGUCAAAAUCCCAGCAUGACUUUUUGUAGACACAGGUAAGAUUACAGUAGUUCCCCUACACACGAACCUUCAAGUUUUGAACUUUCAAAGAUGCAAACAUGCGUCCAGAUGUCCAGUCACGUAAGUUAGUUCACAUGUCUGGCGUACAUAGUCACAUGCAGCUUGCCCUCCGUUUUCUAUUGCUGACGGUCCUUCAGCUCUACCAUCUCCCACCUCCUCUCCCUCCUCCAGUCAGUAACUCUUCUUGCCUGUUCGCUCGAUGCCAGCCCCUGUAUGCCACCUGUUGUACAGUACUACUGUAUUUUCAAGGUACUGUACUGUAAGAUUAAAAAUGUUUUCUUUAUUUUUUGUGUUUGUUUUUUAUAUAUUAUUUGUGUGAAAAGUAUUAGAAGCCUAUUACAGUACAGUACUAUAUAGCUGACUGUGUUACUUGGUACCUAGGCUAACUUCGUUGGACUUACGAACAAGUUGGACUUACGAACGUCAUCUCAGAACGGAACUCAUUCGUAUGUAGGAGACUUACUGUAUUCUAAAAUUUGUAUGGAAAGGCGAAGGAACUAGAAUAAAUAGACAGUUUUGAAAAAGAAAAAUAAAGUAGGAGGAAUCAGUUUACCGAAUUUCAAGACUUAACUACAUAGCUACAGUAAUCAAGACUGUGUGGUAUUGAUGGAGGGGAGGGUAGAUACAUAAAUCAGUAGAACAGAGAACCCAGAAACAGACCCAUACAACCAUGCCCAGCUGAUUUUUGACAAAGGUGCAGGCACAAUUCAAUGGGGGAAAAGUAGCCUUUUCAACAAGUAGAGCUGGAGAACUUGGACAUCCAUAGGCAAAAAUAAAUGCAUACAGAAAUACAUAAGUUUUAUUAAUCUAUCUGUCUUGACCUAGUCGCACACCUUGUACAAAAACUACCUCAAAAUGGAUCGUGGACUUAAGUGUAAAAUAUAAAACGAUAAAACCCUUAGAAAAGAGACACAGGAGAAAAGCUUUGAUAUCUAAGGUGAGGCAGAGUUUUAAACUUGACAUCAAAAACAUGAUUCCUAAAAGAAAAAAUUGAUAAAUGGUGACUUCAUCAAAAUUUAAAACCUUUGCUCUAUGAAAAAUCCUAUUCAGAUAGGAAGGUACAGACUGGGAGAAAAUAUUUGCAAACCGCCUAUUUGACAAAGGAUUAGUGUCUAGAAUAUAUAAAUAACUCUGAAAACUCAGGGGUAAAAAAACCUGAUAGCCUUAUAUCAGGCUACCUUAUAGCCUACUAAAGAAAUUGAAUUUGUUAUUAAAAACUUCCUCAGAAAAACAAAACAAAAAGGUGGCUUUACUGGAAAAUUAUAUCAACCAUUUUAAUAAUAUCAUUCUGACACAAGCUCUUUUAGAAAGCAGAGUAGGACAGAACACUUCCCAACUCAUUUUGUGUGUGACUCUCUAAGACCUAAACCUGGGAGCGAAAUUGCUAGGACAUAUUGUAUUUAAUUAAUUUCACUACGUGCUGCCAGAUUGCUCCCCAGAAUACACUAGUAUACCCAUCUACCAACAGUGCGUGAGGAUUCAUGUUUUCCACUGUCUACCCAACGUUUGUUACAUUACAGGCAAUAGAAUGCCAUAGCGAGAAUGGAUUCUGGAGACAAAUGCCCGGAUUCAAAACCUGGCUCUGAAUACUUUAUAAUAAGCAUAAAUGGAGUAUGACCUUUAAAAAUUGUGAACCACUAUAUUAUGUACCUGUAACGUACGUAAUAUUGUACAUCAGCUAUAUUUCAAUUUUAAAAAGUGCAAAAAGGUGGGGGGGGUUGACAAUACUCGCAGGAUUGUUAAAAGGAUUAAAGGAGAGAACUGAUUUGAAAGUGACUCCUCCAGUACCUGGCAUAUGGCCUGUAGGAUCUGCUUCCCAAAAUGGGUUAAUCUGUUCAAUCUAAAAAGACUAAACACUCAAAAGGCCCAUGUCUCUACCUUCAGUGCUGGCACCAACCAGUCUUCCAGCAGCCCCAUACUCUCCGGGGAUGGGCUAAUCGUUCAUCCAAGAUCAAAGAGGGGCCUCCUUCCCCCAACUCACAUACACCUAGAGAAAGCCAUAUUCAGUGAGGCAAUUCUAACCAGUGGCUCAGAUCCUCAGGGCCAGUGACGACUGUGCUGGAUGUUUACUAUCGUGCAGAAAAAAGUUCAGUAUAAAGUAGUGCUGUCUUAGGUCCCAUCCAAGAGGAUUUGUCAUCCUGAAGUGUUUAAAAGUACUCUUAUUCAAAAUGCCAUUCCUUGCAUGGCUCUCAAGCACAGGCUCAUAGUCAUAUGGUCUAAAAUGGUCCAAUUUUCUCUCACAAAGUGAGAAAAGUAUGUCAAGCAGAGUAAGAACUUGAAACUUGAGUAAAAGUAUACUUAGCCUAAAAUAAGACCCAGGUAUGAUUUUGUUGUAAUAACUAUUAAAUUUUUUUUUUUUUUUUUUUUUUUUUGCGGUACGCGGGCCUCUCACUGCUGUGGACUCUCCCGUUGUGGAGCACAGGCUCCGGAUGCGCAGGCUCAGCGGCCAUGGCUCACGGGCCCAGCUGCUCUGCGGCAUUGUGGGAUCUUCCCGGACCGGGGCACGAACCCGUGUCCCCUGCAUCGGCAGGCGGACUCUCAACCACUGUGCCACCAGGGAAGCCCUGACUAAAUUUUUUUUAAAGAAAGUAUAGACAAUAAAGGUAAAAAACAAACUGGCUCUGACUUUAUGACCUUGAAUAACUGACUGAAUCGUAUCUCAGUUUCCUAAUCUGUAGUACGGAAUAAUAAUAGUACCUAUUAUAGCUACUAUUACAGCUACCAGGGCUUCUUAGGCAUUAGUGGGUGAACUGGCACUUUUUUUUUUCUAUUUCAGACAUUUCUCCUAUAUAUCCUAUUUCUGAAUGAGGAUUUCAAAUUAGACUGAAAAGCUGAAAAAAUAUGAGUUUCAGGUGAGCUGCAGAGCACUAAUGAAUGAAAUUUUUGGUCUUUGGAUUCUUAGUGCAUAUAGUGUACAGAGCAGGUCACAAAUUUCCUCACAAAUUUGGAUAUGCAAAUAAAAUUUAGCUCCUUUCUCAAUUACUGAUCUGAUUUUCCUCACAAGUCUCACUCCCAUUCUCUACUCUGCUGGAUAGUAGAAGAGGCUAGAAAUCAAUUUGUUUCACUCUCUUUAGGUUUCGUUUUUUCUCUUUGAAAUACAGGCUCAGAAUUUCAAAUUCUGAGCAUUCUACCUUUGCUCCUCUCCAGAGUGGCAUCUAGGUGUAGACAGGAGGGCUUGUGUGGCAUUUUGAUGUCAGAAGGAAGGGGUCCCUGGCCUAAUACUGGUUCUUGGGUGUGCACAAGCUGGAAUUCUCUGGGUAUGGUUGGCCCAGUUCCACCCGUGGGCAUCCUGCCAGAAUUUGCUUCUAAAGUUGAUGAAUUCGCGGUCUUGUCUUUUUCAGCUGUCAGGGCCUUUUGCCCCUCCCUGCCAAUUUGGCCUCCUCUCAACAACUCUGUUUGGUGCUGCAGACCCCAGUGAUUCUCUGCCUCGUAUUCCCUCGAGCCUAACAGGUCUCUGUUCAGUUUCCACACCAUGUAGGGAUCAAGGGACACUUCUUCCUUGCCAUGUCCCUCUGCCUUCUUUAUCCUCUUGGGGCCACAGUAGGUCCAUGCUGCAGAGCAGUUCCCUUCUAAAGUCCCAGUUAGGGAAGAGGGCAAAAGCCUCUGCCCUCAGUACCUCAGUUUACUGCUAAAGUCCCAGAUCAGGUUGAUUUUGUCAUAGUCCUCCCUCCCUUGAUUCCACUCCUUCAUCCAUCCCCCCCACCCCUGCCACCCCAUCUGUCCAGACAGGAUGGGACAUGUUUCUCCCCUUUGUCAUGUGUCUUACUUCCGCCUUCCUUUCAUUGAGACUUUACUUCCCUAAUGAAAUUUUUUUUUUUUUUUUGGCCACACCUAGCAGCAUGCAGAAUCUUAGUUCACCGACCAGGGAUCAAACCCAGGUCCUGGCAGUGAAAGCACUGAGUCCUAUCCACUGGACUGCCAGGGAAUUCUCUCUAAUGAGAUUCUAAUUUAUCUGCUAGACAAUUUCAACAGUGAAAUUGUCAAAUCUGGAACAUUUUUACAUGCAUUCAUUGUAUUUGAGCGGUGCUGUCACUUGGUACUUAUUUUAUAAUCUCUGAUUGACUAAGUUUAAUAAUUUGCUGGGCAUAAUUCAAGAAUGAAUUGCAGUCAAUUAUGCAUCAAUAAAGCUGAAAUUUAAAAAAAGAAAAGAAAUGCUAGGUUACAAAAAAGAAUAAAUUUUGGCCUAGAGAAGGAUGUGGAUUUGUAGAAACUAUUCUGUGCUAACCAAUUUCAGAUGGUUUUACUCGUAUAUCACUAUUGUUCCCUGUUCCCACUGGGGAAAAUAGUACUGAUGGUAAAUAUGGACAGAGGGUUCAUUUAUCCAGAAGGACUUCUUUAAUACUCUUCUAAUCUCCUCUCCUGAAGGAGUAGGCAUGUCCCUGGUUGAGUGUGGAAAGGAAAAGGGAAGAGUUUCUGAGGAAGGAGAAAGCUUUUGCCUCUUUGCUUAGCCUUUCGUUAAAGGAAAUCAGUUGCACCACAGUCACCAGCAAGUGGGAUGACUGUGAAGAGGUUGUGCACUGAUGCUCAGUAUACACCUCUGUCUGCAUUUCCUUCCACCAUGUAGCUUGUACCGAAUCAUACAGCAAGGGGAGUAAGUUGUACCUAGUAAGAUUUGGUGCUUGGGGGCAAGGAGAGGAGCUGUUGUUGGCUUUUAGCUGGUGUUGUCUGCUAUACUCUAACCCAGCUUUUGUCAGAGAGGUUUGCCCUGGGGUAGCAAGCAAUCAUGCAACUGAUAAUAACUGAACGUAUCAAAGCAGAACGCCUGAUUCCCUACCUCCAACCUGUCUCUCAUAUUUCUCUCAGUUAGUGACACCACGAUCCACCCAGUUGCUCAGUCAUCCUACGGUAGAUUUGCCCAUUUCCCUCACUCUUCGCAUUCAAUCCAUCAGCAAGUUCUGCUGGCUUUGCCUCCAGAAUAUUUCCUAAAUCCAUUAAUUCUCCAUCUCCACUGUUAAUGACCUUAGUCCAAACUCCAUCAUCUCUCACUUGAAUUACUUCAAUAGCCUCCAAACAAAUCUUCCUCCUUGUUACUCUGGGUUUCCUUCCAUCCAUCCACCCACCAUAGAACAGCCAGAGUGAUCUUUGAUAAAGCUCAUUUCCCAACUAAUACUAAUAGAUUCCUUCUUUUAAAAAAUACAAGCUCAUUCUCAUGAAAAGGCUCUAGUGAUCUGCCCCUUUCUAUACCUUUCCAUCCUUUUGGCUUACUCUGACCCUCACUCACAGUGCUCCAGCUACAUGUUCUGUUCCUUGAACACCCCAAGGUUGUUCCUGCCUCAGCACCUUUGCAUCUGCUGAGGGCUCUACCUGAAACCCUCCUAGAUCUUCAAAUAGCUCUUUCAAAUACUCAGCAAGCCUUCCCUGAACACCCAAACUAGAUUAACUGCUCCCCUCUAGUCACUCUCUGACACAUCAGCCUGCUUUUUUUUUUAUAGCACUUAAAAGUCAUCAAAUUUAACUCAUUUAUAUGUUGGCCUUUUAUUAUCUGUCUCCCGGCAUUAGAACAACCUCAUCAGUGCCUGGAAGAGCACCUCGUUCAGAGGAGUGCUCAUAACUAAUCGUUGAAUGAACAUAUGACCUUGUGUCUUA